AGUUAGUGUAGGUGAGGGAGUUUUGGGAGGAGAGGCAAAUAAUGGCCAGAGUGAAACCAGGAAUAAUAUUUUGAUUAAUUUUAUACAUCUCCAGGGCGUUAUCCACUGACUAGGCUGAUGGGUGAGCCAGUGGUGAGGCCAGGCCGUUCAUCACAGCUGUGGGAUCAACAAGCUAUGGGUAUCGGUCAGGCAACAAAUGCCUCACCCGUCACUGCUGUUCAUCACCACUCCCCCAGCAUUGUGCACCCACCUACUUCCUUUGCCUCGGUUGCACACCUUUGUCAUUCUCAAGUUGGUGAGGUUGGGUGUAGCAGCGAGAGUGAAGUACAGCGUUGUGGGUCAGACACCAUAAAGUUAGAACGUGGAGGUACAAGUGGAGCAGGGGAGGCAUACUACCCUACUCUCCCUCCACAUCAUCCCCAGGCUAUGGAUGACGUGUCUCCUCCCUCGGGUAGUGGUGCCUUUUACGGUGGACCACAACCUUACCGCCCUCCUGAUGGUUAUUAUAAUUUGUUGGGGGGGCUGAGUGCAGCCAGUCCUGCACAAUAUGCUACCCCAGGAAGUGGGGCAGCUUUACCAGUGGUCUCACCCACACCAUCAAAAGUUGAGCCACCUACUUACGUCGAGACUUCUCACACCCCUCUCACGUUUGCGGAGGCUGCUGCUCCAAUGGACUUUAGUAGCAACCCUCCUAGUUUAAAUUUUAGUGGUGCACCUUCUGCUCCAUAUGGAGCAGGUUCAGAUUUCUCUAAUGCCCAAGGUUAUCCUCAAACUGCAACAAAUCCUCUGAGCCUUUUAAGUGAUGUUGCAUUAGGGGGUGAUGCAAGCAGUAGUAGUAGCAUACACAGUGGUAGUAGUGGAACAGUUAGUAGUAGUAGUAGCAGCAGCAGUAGUAGUAGCAGCUCAGGGUCAUCAUCAUCUGGGGGCAGUAGUGCCUGUGACAGAGGGAACAGUGAACUUCGAAGAAAGCGUGUACAUAGUGCUGGAGCAGAAGGCAGUCGAGGAAAGACCCAGAGAGGAAGAGCAGAGCCUCGGAGAAGUGGCUGGAGUAGUUCUCACGCACUACAAGAUGAUGAUAGUGAGGAUGAGGAAGGAGAAAUGUCAUCUGGUGAUCGAGGGGCAAGACACAAAGUUGACGAUGGACCCACUGCACCAGACUUGCAGUUGGAUUGGGUGUCUUCCUCAGAGUCUGACUCUGACACAGACUCAUGUAUAGAAGUGGUAAGUGUACAAAGAGGAGCAAGGGACAAUCGUGCUGUGGAUGUAGUUGAUUUAACUAAUGAAAGUGACGAUGAAGUAUUAGUGGCAAGUGCAGGACCACCUUUGCCUCCAUCUGCUGGAUUGUCUCAUCCAGUACCUUCGUCUUCAUGUGCAGUUGCUUCUUCCAGCGGGUAUGGAAUAUCUCCAGUGAUGGGUAGAUUACCCACUGCUACCCAUACUGCCACUAGUGGAAUAGGUUUAUGCCGUGGCCAUCACACUUCUGAAGCUAACCCGGCAACCACCUGCCAAUGCGCACGUGGCCCAACAUUAGGUUCCAUAGGCCUCAGUGCUAGUGGUGCAGCCAGUUUCACUAUGGACCAACAUGGAAACUGUUAUGGGGCUUGUGUACAUCCCCAUCAUUCACCUCAUCACCACCACCAUCAUCACCAUCACAGUUUGGCUCCUAGUCAGGGCCAUCAUCACCACCACCAUCACUAUUACCCACCAGAGUCUCCCCUUUAUUACUCUGCUCUUCCUGCUCAUCCAUUGUUCCCACCCUACCCUCCUACAUCCUUAACUUCAACUGCUUCAUAUCCAACACAUCCAUCUCUGUCUAGACUAAACCCCAUUCACCAGAGGAUAUGGCAUAGUCAGCAACGAUAUCAAGAGUUACAGAGACGUUGUUUGGACCCCCGGCUGCGCGAGCCCCUGGCUCAGUCCAUGGCCAGAGCUGGAACUCUGACACAAGAAGUAGGGCAGCACAACCAUGCUGGGGCCACUGCUACAAGUUUAGCCUCUCAUACCCCCCACCAGCCCAUUACUUCCCAGACCUCGACUACCUCCAGUAGCAGUGAACAGCAGGUUCCAUCCCAGACCAGCUCCCCUUCAGCUCCCAUGCCCAUGGACAUCCAGACUACUCCAAAUGCCGCUCAUACUGCAACACACAUUGCAGCACAUCACCUCCACCAUCACCCAGGAAUGGACGUUCUUAUGCAUAAUGCUCAUGCACACAGAUUGGCCAGAAGACUGAACAUUGUUGAUAGAGAUUAUGAGACUGCUCUCAGGAUACGGCAUGAAAUUUUUGAGGGUGGUGGGUUAUAUGGCCACAUGUAUGGUGGAGCUGUACCUCCAGCUCACAUGUCCAUGCCUGCUGCUGCCGCUGCUGCAGCUGCAGCGGCAGCAGCAGCAGCUGCAGCAGCUGCAGCAAGCGGUGACCCAAGACACCUGCAGAUGCCCGGACCUGGCUUGCAUAUAAAUAUUGGGGGCGGGUCUCAGCUACCCUUGGACCUGUCCUUACCUCCCACUUUAACCCCAGAGCUGCCUCCUCCACCUAGACUCACCUACAUACCUCAGCUUCCAUUAUUCCAACGAGGGUCUGCAUUCCCUCGUUUGGAAGAUUACAUGCGUGUUGUUGACCACCGACGCCUUCCUGUGGUGACGCGAGGAGCCACUCAGAACACAAUAGAACGCAACACUUUCCCCCACAAAUACAAGAAGAUGAAGCGUGCAGAUGUUACUGAAGAUGGUUUGGAGAAAUGUACCAUCUGUCUAUCUGAGUUUGAGGAGGAGGAAGAUGUGCGAAGGCUCCCAUGCAUGCAUCUUUUCCAUAUAGAGUGUGUUGACCAGUGGCUAGCAACCAACAAGCGCUGUCCUAUCUGUAGGGUGGAUAUUGAGGCUCAUCUGACGAAGGACUACACUGCCACAUCCUCAUGAAAUCAAUUCUCUAGUAAGAGUGGAAUAUCUUGAAGCCACCCCAUUCAUGUCAUUGUGCUUGUGAGGUGACAGUGGAGAACUCACCAGUCCUUCCCUGCACCUGGUAGAGCAUGUUAAGGUUCCUACUUAUUACAACUCUAAAAACAAUACUUUCACAGCACAGAACAUUGGAUGAUUUGGGGAAGAUUUCCCACUUACUAGAGGUUAUAAAGAAAUACUUACAUGAAAUGGCUUAUUGCAAGUAGGCUGAUGAUAAAUCCUCCUAAGGCUAGAAUUAAGAGCGUGAAGCCUCAAGUGGUGCUUCACACAGGCAGGAUCCUCACUGCACUGGGCAGGACAAGCUUCUGCUGGACCUUAUUAUAGUGACCAGCUUCAGGGACAUUGCUUGCUUGUGUCUUCAUUACUGUGGAGAUUCCUACCUACUGUGCCAGUGCAAGAACUUAUGGUUUACAUUAUAAUUCAGAAUGUUAUAAUUCUCCCUUAGAAAUACAUGUAUACAAUAAAUUGUGUGAUGUUCACACACAGACAUGCACACACAAUUUUGGUAAAAAGUGACAUAGGACAGUUGCACCAGAUAAUUUGACAAAUUUAUCCGUUGUAGUAUUUAUAUUCAACUAAAAAAACAUAGCCCUAUAUGUACUGUAUAUAUAAAUAAAACAAUUGAUGUAGCAUGAUCUGAUUUGCACUAAUAGUAACUGAAUCAGUGCUGGAGAACCAACGACUUUAGUCUUAUAUAACAAUAUUAACUUUUAAAUCUGGCCUAACUUAAACGGAUUCUGCAUAUAGUUUUGUUUAGUCAACUUGCAUAAUAUAAUUAAAUGAUAUUUUCACAGACCCUUCAAAGGUGGUGGUGUGAUGAAGGGCUCUUGAUCCAAGGAAGUGGAGCUACUCUUCCCUUCCUCAAAUUGCCUUCAAUUCCCCAGAUGCUGUACGACCCCUGCUAUUUAGCGCUUCCCCAUGAACAUAUUUACACCGGGACUACAGUUGUUUUGUUUUCAGUCGUUACAGGAUUAGGACAAUUUCUAUUUACAGGUUCCAUGUGGCUGAUCCGGUCACAUUGUUACCACAAAUGGAAGGGCACAACUAGAUACCGAGCUUCCACAUUAACUUGUUCUUUAUGGUAUGUGAUGCCUGAUUAUGAGUGAGGUGUUGAUAUUUUACAUUGUGUGGGUGCUUUUAUUAUCUCUUAUGUUAGAGCACACCUCCCAUUACCCCCCACAAUCUUCAGUAAAGUGGGUGUGUGCGCUAGUGUAUAUUUCACAAAAGACGGCACCUGUGGAAUGGGUAUCAGUUGCCUCGCUGAGGUUGCAAUCUUAGAAUUUGCACCACUACAAAGCAUGUUUAAAUAGAUAAUGGUUGUAAAUGUAUGAAUAAAAACCUAUUUACAAGUCAUUAACAGUAUGCCAGAUCGUU